AUGACUCGGGUGAUGAGGAGCCCGCCUCGCAGUCAGACAAGAGCGAGCUGCACGGCACGUUGAAAACCCUCUCGAGUAAGCUGGAGGAUUUGAGCACUUGCAAUGACCUGAUCGCCAAGCACGGGGCGGCCCUGCAGCGCUCGCUCAGCGAGCUGGAGAACCUGAAGCUGCCGGCUGAGAGCGGCGAGAAGAUCAAGGCGGUGAACGAACGAGCCACGCUCCUCCGCAUCACCUCCAAUGCUAUGAUCAACGCUUGCCGCGAUUUCCUCGACUUAGCCGAAACUCACAGCAGAAAAUGGCAGCGGGCGCUGCAGUAUGAGCGGGAGCAGAGGAUCCGGCUGGAGGAGACCAUCGAGCAGUUAGCCAAGCAGCACAACAGCUUGGAGCGAGCCUGCCGUGGAGCCCCUGGCCUGUCCUCCAGCAGCACUGGCAUCGCCAGCACUGCCAAGGGGAGUGUGCAGUCUGCAAAAGGAGAGGCCAGUGAUGAAGAUGAAGAGACGGAGUAUUUUGAUGCCAUGGAGGAUGCACCAGCUUUUAUCACUGUAACUGCAGACCCCAAGCACCACAGGCGUUCGGGCAGUAACCUGAGUGGGGCCAGCGAGGGCCACCCUGAGGACUGGAACCUGGAGGACAGUGUCUUUGAAAGCUCAAAUCAAAGCAGCUACAAUGAGUCCACUUGUAAAGAUCUCCUGCCGAAGAAAAGGAGACGGACUCGCAUCCCCGACAAACCCAACUACAGCCUUAACCUCUGGAGCAUCAUGAAGAACUGCAUCGGCAAAGAGCUCUCCAAGAUCCCCAUGCCCGUGAACUUCAAUGAGCCGCUCUCCAUGCUGCAGAGGCUGACGGAGGAUCUGGAGUACCAUGAGCUGCUGGACAAGGCGGUCAAGUGUGAGAGCUCCAUGGAGCAGAUGUGCUUCGUUGCUGCGUUUUCUGUGUCUUCCUACUCGACGACUGUCCACCGCACUGCAAAGCCAUUCAACCCACUCCUGGGGGAAACCUAUGAGCUCGACCGGCUGGAGGAGUUUGGUUUCCGUUCCCUGUGUGAGCAGGUGAGCCACCACCCCCCAGCAGCUGCCCAUCACGUCUACUCCAGGCGAGGGUGGACGCUGUGGCAGGAAAUCACGAUCGCCAGCAAGUUCAGGGGCAAAUACCUGUCCAUCAUGCCGCUGGGCGCCAUCCACCUUGAGUUCCACUCCAGCGGGAAUCACUACGUCUGGAGGAAGGUCACCUCCACCGUUCACAACAUCAUCGUGGGCAAGCUCUGGAUUGACCAGUCUGGUGAAAUAGAGAUUGUUAACCAUAAGUCAAAAGAUAAAUGCCAGCUGAAAUUUACCCCCUACAGCUACUUCUCCAGAGACGUCCCCCGAAAGGUGACAGGGGUGGUGAGUGAUGCCGACGGGAAAGCCCACUAUGUCAUGUCCGGCACGUGGGACGAGAAGAUGGAGUGCUCCAAGAUAGUGCAGAGCAGCCACGGAAGCACCAGCAUGGAGGGCAAGCAGAAAACCGUCUACCAGACACUGUCCCCAAAGGUCCUGUGGAAGAAGUACCCCCUCCCGGAGAACGCCGAGAACAUGUAUUUCUUCUCUUGGGACGAGGCCAACGUGGAGAAGCAGCGUCUGGAGGAGAAGCAGCGAGCCGUGCGCCGGAGGCGGGAGGCUGAGGCCGUGGAAGCUCUGGAGGAAGGCAAGGACUACGAAGGCUACAUCCCGCUGUGGUUUGAGCGCAAGGUGGAUACCGUGACUGGGGAGCUGAUCUGCGUCUACAAGGGCGGCUACUGGGAGGCCAAGGACAAGCAGGACUGGAGCACGUGCCCCGACAUCUUCUGA